AUGGUAGAUGAAGAAUUACAUUUUAAAACUAUUUUGAGGAGGAAGAAUGCUGCAAAAGCCAGAAUUUAUAGAAAGAGUGUUAUUGAUGACAAAAAAUCUAAGAGGUUGAAAACUGCUCUAAAAGAAAACGGUACAUUUGAUAAAAGACGCGGCAAUGACUCAACAGCUUUGAGGAUACCACUAUCAGAACUUUCGCCAAACAUACUAAAUGACGGUCGUGGUAUAGCCAACGUUGAUCAACCUGAAGGUCUCUGCAAUGGAACAAGGCUUAUAGUUACAAGAUUGGCAAACCACGUUAUCGAGGCAAAUAUUAUAUCUGGAAAGAAUAUUGGAGGGGUUAUCUAUAUUCCAAGAAUGGAUAUGACUCCAACACAAUCUCCGUGGCCAUUCAAAAUGACUAGAAGGCAAUUUCCCAUAACUAUAUGUUAUGCUAUGACAAUUAACAAAUCUCAAGGUCAGUCAUUGGAUUAUGUUGGAUUGUAUUUGCCUAGAAGUGUAUUUAGUCAUGGUCAACUAUAUGUUGCAAUAUCAAGGGUCAAAAGCAAAAAAGGGCUUAAGAUAUUAAUCCAUGACAAGGAUAACUAUCCAUUGAAUUCUACAACAAACGUCGUGUUCAAAGAAGUUUUUGAAAACUUAUAG